AUGACCGAUGAAAAGCAAAGAAAUACCGCGGUGAAGACCAUCGCGGCGGUCUUCCUGCCUAUCGCUACUAUAGCAGUGAUGCUGCGCAUCUACGUGCGCGGGUGGAUCGUCAAGGGAUUCGGAUGGGAUGAUGGAACCAUGGUGGCUGCACUGCUAUGCUAUGCCAUGUUCUGCGGGACUAUGCUUGGAGGUUCCAUAUAUGGCACAGGCUACAUGUAUGAACACCUCGAGCCCAGCGCACGCGUCACUGCCAUGAGAUAUUGGUGGCUCUGCGAAAUCGCCUACUGCUUCGCUUCGGUCGGAUGCAAGAUCUCCGUCUGCAUCUUCUUGAUGCGAAUUACCGUCCGGCGCAUCCAUAUCUGGAUCCUCUAUAUUGUCAUGGCUUUAACCGUCCUGGCAGGACUGGUCUUUAUGUUUCUCAUGCUUUUACAAUGCCAGCCACUCUCAUACUUCUGGACUAAGGCGGCUCUGGAUGAUUCCAUUCAGGGCCACUGCAUUGAUAUGGAUAUUAUUAUCAUUAUGACCUACGUGUAUAGUGCAUUUGCGGCACUGUGUGAUUUCACCGUAGGCACCAUGCCGAUUUUCCUGGUAUGGAAUCUUCACAUGAGGCGCCAAACCAAAAUUGCCGUCAUAGGCAUUUUGGGCAUGGCUUGCGUUGCUUCAUCGGCAGUUAUCGUCCGAAUUCCCUUUGUCUAUACCUUCGGCGACCCUGAUUUCCUCUACGCAACUGUCCAAAUCGCCAUCUGGUCCAAUGUCGAAGCUGGUCUUGGCAUUACAGCUGGCAGUCUCGCAACUCUCCGCCCUCUGCUUCGCGUCAUUAUGGGCACUCAGGCCGAGAAAGAUUACUCCACUGGCUUCCCGGGGGCACCGUCACCGUCGGUUUCACGCCAGCUGGGCGGGCCCUAUCCUUUAGGCUCGCUGGAUGAUAGUGUGCAGUCUCGGUUGAGACCGGACAAGCUGGCCGUCACUGUUACGACUAUCAAGAGCCAGAGGGAUCCUAAUGACAGUUACAAUAUGUCGUCAAGUCCGACUAGUAGCGAGGAGAGGCUAACAAUUGAUCGCCCCUCGCCUCGCUUAGUCCGUGACAUGGGGCUGGGCAUUCAUCGCACAUUCGAGGUCACGCAGACCUCGACGGAUACGCAUGACGAUGAGUGUAGGUUUGCAAGAGAACAUGUAUGA